GGUCGCGCGGGGGGCCCCCCCGUGCCCCAGCCCUGGCGCCACACGGCGGGGUGAGUGGGAGCAGCAGGCGGCGAGAGGGACGCUCAGGUUCUCCUCUCCCCAGCGCCAGGCAGCAGCAGCCGCCAGGACGGCAGCGGAGCAGAAUCUGGCCCACUGCCUGCACAAAUGCUGUGGGCCUUGGAGCAGCAGGGACAUGCCGGCUGCUUCCUGGAAGCUGCGUGGAGCCCGGUAGUGAGUCUGCCAGCCCUGCCAACCCUCCCCGCCAACACCAAUCUCAGGAUGGAUAGUGUUGAAAAAGCUGUGGUGAAGACAUGGCUUCCUGUGGCAAUAAUUCAGAAAGAUUGAACCCUGUGCUCAGAAUAAGUCAGUUGGAUGCUCUUGAACUAAACAAAGCCUUGGAGCAGCUAGUUUGGUCCCAGUUUUCCAGCUGUUUUCAUGGAUUUAAACCAGGGCUGUUGGCUCACAUUGAACCAGAAGUAAAAGCAUUUUUAUGGCUUUUCUUGUGGAGAUUCACCAUCUAUUCUAAGAAUGCAACUGUGGGACAGACUAUUCUGAAUAUUCAGUACAAGAAUGACUUAUCUCAAACACAGAAAUAUCAGCCAUUGAGCAAACACCAGAAGUUAUGGUAUCUUAUCUGCACUGUUGGCGGAAGGUGGUUGGAAGAAAGAUGCUAUGAUUUGUUCAGCAGUCGCCAACUAGAGUCAUUCUGCAGAAUCAAGCAUUUCAUUAAUUUUGUUGCUGGACUUUUAAAACUUUGUGGACUACUGAACUUUCUGAUUUUCCUUCAGAAGGGAAAAUUUGCAACACUUACCGAACGUAUUUUAGGAAUUAGAUCUGUCUUUUGUAGGCCUCAGAAUGUUCGUCAAAUAGGAUUUGAAUACAUGAACAGGGAACUUUUAUGGCAUGGCUUUGCUGAAUUUCUAAUCUAUCUUCUACCGCUCAUUAAUAUGCAAAAGCUCAAACUCAAAAUUUCGUCUUGGUCUUUGCCUAUUGCAGUUUUUUCCAGUAGCGAAAACACUUUAGCAGCACAUUGCAAGGAAUGUUCUGUAUGUGGGGAGUGGCCAACUAUGCCUCAUACCAUAGGCUGCUCACAUGUUUUCUGCUACUAUUGUAUUAAAAGCAACUGCUUAUUUGACAUGUAUUUUACCUGUCCUAAGUGUGGUACAGAGGUAUACAAUCUUCAGCCAUUGAAAUACAAGGUUGAAUGACAGAAGUUCACACACUCUAGAGUUUUUUGCGGUGCACUUGAAGCACAUACUUUAGAGUAAACCGUAUAAUAUUCAGAACCACUAUUAAAUUGAUCAUACUGUCAUCUUUGUUUACAGCAGUUUGAUCUUUCUCUGUCUUAUGUCUGUGAUAUAAUAAAGUCCGUAUUGACAUUAGUUUCCAUAUACUAAUAUAAAAUUGUAAUUUAGCAAUUAUUCCAAUUAUAAUCAAAGACUCAUGUGAUUAUAUUGGUAGCUAUCCACAUAUUUCAUCAACUGCUUUAUGUAAUCACCAUAGAAGACAUUCCCUGUGAACUACUUUUGAGGUAAGUAACUCAUUAGCAUCUAUAAUAAAGUGGUGAGACCACCUAAAGAAAAUGGAGAGCUGCACAGCAGGAUAUAUCAGCAAAAAACAAUUCAUGUUCACUCACUACUGAGAAUA